UGUGCAGUGGGGAACCUCUGAUGAUAUCACAAUGGGCAUUCAGACCAAAAGAAAAAAAUGACAGUCACCUGACAGUGUGCUGCCCAGCUAACCCGCUGUACCUAUUUUGAAGAUUUUAAGAACUGAGCCUCCUGAAUAGUCUUCUUCAGAAUGAAAAGUGGUAACAGCCGAUGAGUAUCAAGAAAUUAUUUUCUGCAAAGGGACAAAGUUAAUUGUAUUUGGAACCCGUGACAGCACCUAUCGGGGAGAGACUUCUAAGCGAGGAGAAACGGCUCUACAGGUCAUAAAACUAUGGAAACGAGGUGGUUUUUGUCGAAGAUUCAGGAUGACUUUAGAGGUGGAAAAAUUAACCUAGAAAAAACUCACAGGUUACUUGAAAAAUUAGAUAUUCGGUGCAGUUAUAUUCAUGUGAAAAAUAUUUUUAAGGACAAUGACAAGCUGAAACAAGGAAGAAUCACCAUAGAAGAAUUUAGAGCCAUUUAUCGAAUUAUUGCACACAGAGAAGAAAUUAUUGAGAUUUUCAACGCGUAUUCUGAAAACCGGAAAAUUCUUUCAGAAUAUAAUCUGGUUCAAUUUCUGAUACAAGAACAAUAUACAGUUGAGAUGAGCCAAACUAUUGCUUUUGAGAUCAUUCAGAAAUAUGAGCCUAUUGAAGAAGUUAGGAAAGCACGCCAAAUGUCAUUUGAAGGUUUUACAAGAUACAUGGAUUCAUCUGAAUGUCUACUAUUUAAAAAUGAAUGUAGAAAAGUUUAUCAAGAUAUGACUCAUCCAUUAAAUGAUUAUUUUAUUUCAUCCUCACAUAACACGUAUUUGGUAUCUGGUCAGUUAGUGGGACCAAGUGACCUUUGGGGAUAUGUAAGUGCCCUUGUUAAAGGAUGCCGUUGUUUGGAGAUUGACUGCUGGGAUGGAGCCCAGCAUGAACCUGUUGUGUAUCACGGCUACACCCUCACCAGCAAACUUCUGUUUAAAACUGUUAUCCAAGCAAUACACAAAUACGCAUUCAUGACAUCUGACUACCCAGUGGUGCUCUCUUUAGAAAAUCACUGCUCUCCCGCCCAACAAGAAGUAAUGGCAGACAUUUUGCAGACUACUUUUGGAGAGUCCUUGCUUUCUGAUAUGCUUGAUGAUUUUCCUGAUACUCUACCAUCACCAGAGGCACUAAAAUUCAAAGUAUUAGUUAAAAACAAGAAAAUAGGAACCUUGAAGGAAACCCGUGAAAGAAAAGGUUCCAAUAAGCAUGGUCUGGUGGAGGAAUGGGAAGAAGAGAUGGCAGAUCUGGAGGAGGAGGAGGAGGAGGAGGAGGAACUCAAAGAAUCGGAAAUAUUCGAGUCUGUUUUAGGAGACAGUCAAGACAAGGAAACAGGGGUACAAAAGCCAUCUGGAGUAAUGCUUUUCAAGAAAAAGAAGAUCAGGAAGCUAAAAAUUUCUCUGGCCUUAUCUGAUCUUGUCAUUUAUACUAAAGCCGAGAAGUUCAGAAACUUUCAGCAUUCAAGAUUGUAUCAACAAUUUAAUGAAAGUAAUUCUAUUGGGGAGACACGAGCCCGAAAACUUUCAAAACUGCGAGUCCAUGAGUUUAUUUUUCACACCAGGAAGUUCAUUACCAGAAUAUAUCCCAAAGCAACAAGAGCAGACUCUUCUAAUUUUAAUCCCCAAGAGUUUUGGAAUAUAGGUUGUCAAAUGGUGGCUUUAAAUUUCCAGACUCCUGGUCUGCCUAUGGAUCUGCAAAACGGGAAAUUUUUGGAUAAUGGUGGUUCUGGAUAUAUUUUGAAACCACAUUUCUUAAGAGAUAGUAAAUCAGACUUUAACCCAAGUAACAUAAAAGAGAGCAUGCCGGUUACACUUACAAUAAGGCUCAUCAGUGGUAUCCAGUUGCCUCUUAGUCAUUCCUCAUCUAACAAAGGGGACACAUUAGUCAUUAUAGAAGUGUUUGGUGUUCCAAAUGAUCAAAUGAAGCAGCAGACUCGUGUAAUUAAAAAAAAUGCUUUUAGUCCAAGAUGGAAUGAAACAUUUACAUUUAUUAUUCAUGUGCCAGAACUGGCAUUAAUACGUUUUGUUGUUGAAAGUCAAGGUUUAAUAGCAGGAAAUGAAUUUCUUGGGCAAUAUACUUUGCCACUUCUGUGCAUGAACAAAGGUUACCGUCGCGUUCCUCUGUUGUCCAGAAUGGGUGAGAGCCUUGAGCCUGCUUCACUGUUCGUUUAUGUUUGGUACAUCAGAUAACAGCUAAUGAUAUCUGACACGUUGUUAGCUGUGCAUCACAAUAAAACAGCCAAAAUGAA